AAAUUUUAACAAAAAUAAAUAAAAAGGUCAGCGAAAAACCCUAAUUGUUUCUUCUUCUUCUUCCCUUGGCUCGCCGUCUCACCGAUCGAAUCAUUUUCUCUGUUUGUUCGUUUACUCGCGCGCUUCGAAGCUCUGAUUUUGACAGAGAAAAAGAAGUAAGAGAUGGGCUCACGACAGGGACCACCGAAGCAUCAGAACAAAUUCGCAUGGGUACCCAACGCCGGCGUGAAGAUCAACGAAACCGAAGUGGGCGGGAGGUUCCGACCGCUGUCGGAGAUAACCGGAGUUUGCCAUCGCUGUCGGGAGCAGAUCGCUUGGAAGCGAAAAUACGGCAAAUACAAAAAGCUAACCGAACCCGCCAAAUGUCAGAAGUGUUUAAAGCGUAAUGUUCGUCAAGCAUAUCACAAGUUAUGCACUGGUUGUGCCAAGGAGCAGAAAGUGUGUGCAAAGUGUUACUCUUCUUCUGAGCAAAUCAUGGGAAGGGAUAUAUAUGAAGUAGAAGCUGAACAGAAGCUGCUCGAUGAGACUAUCAAGAAUGCUAGGGAAAGAGAUCGAAGGACACUUUUGCGUGCUAUGAACAAAGAUAGCAACCCAAAGAAGUCAGAUGAAGAAGCAACGAGGAGCGAUAGCAGCAAGGUUGGUGAUGUGUUUCCAUCAACAUCCCUUGAAGAAUAUGCAAACAAGUCUGGAAGAGUUAGCGGGAUUGUUGGUCAUGGCCAUGUCGUUGACGAUGAAGAAGAUGAUGAUGAUGUUGCUAGUGAACCUGAACUAGAUGAGGACCACAGUGGUGAUGAUGAUGACGAACUGCAAAAGUAAUCGUAGUUUCGGUUGUAGUAGUUCUGUCAAUUUUGAUAGGCUUGUGAGAUUUUGCAAUACUCGUUAUGCUUUUAAUGUUUUGAUAAACUUUUACUUAUGUUACCUGCAUAUGCUAUGGCUAUAAUGUAUUGGGCUGAACUUAAAACAGGCCUCAUUGAUUUUCCUUA